AAUAAAUAAAUAAAGCAUGAUUUUGCUCCAAAAUUCAACAUUUGAACCCUUUAAAGCAGUUUAAAAUAAGGUUGCAACAUAACAACAUGAAAAAGGGGGUAUGAAUACUUUCGCAAGGCAAUGUAUACACAUGCAAACACAUAAUUUGCCAGAACCCCGCAAAUAAAAUAUCUAAAUAUUUAGCUAUUUUUAUAGUUUCAAACGUUUUGAAGCGUCAACACCAGUUGUGACUGGCCACAAUCAACCAUGUGAAACUGCAUUGACUCGAUGUGAACAGUUUUAGAAAUGAAUCAUCUCAUUCUGGGAAUUUCAAAGGAUGCAGAUCCAAAUAGGCAACAGGUGUCCGCUUAGACUUCCUCUGAACAAGUCUUUUGUCCAAGUAACAAAGUAAGCGGCUAAAUGGAAGUUUACAGCGAGAUAUCAUCACUCUCUAGGCGUUUCGAGGAUGUCAUCCGUGUGGAGAAACUGCAGCAUUGGAUUUCAGCGUGCGUGCCGUGACGCCACGCGCAAACACAUCUCAGAAAGAGCUUUGAUCGACAAGAAACCCCAGGUACAUUUGUGCAAACUGCUGCAAGGAAGGAAACGGAUCCCGGCGAUUAAAAGAAACGCGUGGAUUAAAGGCAGCGAAAAACUAAUUCACAGGAUAUCAUUUCAUGUUACAAAAAUAAAAAAACGAUCCUGUUAUUAUAUUCAUACUCGUCCUCGGCCUGCGGUGAUGUGCACUUGAUGAAGAAUCUCUAAGCCAGUUCAGUUCUCAAACAGUUUAUUUAUUUUCUCAAUGCACAUUAAUAAUACAUGAUGUGUCGGAUCCAGACAAACUGGCUAAUCCGUAUUCCCUUGGUCUUUGAAGCGAGGCCAGGUGAUUAUAUCAUCUGUGGGAUGUAUUAGGGAGUGAUUGAACAUUUGGUUCUCGAAGCGAAAACAAGGGACAGAUAGAAGACUUUUGGGGGAACACGGGCACCCGAGACUCGUUGAAGCAUGCUAUGGUCCAACCUCACAGAAGAGCUAUUUCAGCUCAAACGCAUGAAAAAGUUGAUGCCGGCCAUCAUAGACAGACGGAAAGCGUCUACGGUGCAUCCGAUCUACUCUUUGCCCUUCGGUAAAGGCUGCAGAGAUUUAAGGCAGCGUUUCUUCACGAGAGCGUCCGAGAGAUGUGCUCCACCUCGGUGCAUGGCCUGUGCACCUGUUAGAAAAGGGUGUCGCUGGAAUGCUCAUUAGAACUGUUUGUCUGCAUACCUCCGUGUAUUUAAUUAAUGCGCGGUGAUUUAAAAGCACCUGCCUGAGGAAACCGGCCCCACAAGAUUAGUUAGCGAGACCCACCCGAGGAGGAACUUCAAACGCCAAAGCAAGAAAGGCAUUAUCACUGUUCGUGCAUUUAACGAGGCCACGGGUUCGUUUUCAGCUACACUUGCUGCGAAUACACAGUAAUGCUACACACUUACGCUUUAAUCCGUACUUUAAAACAUGGCAUAAAGGGAAUUACUUCGUUUUGUAUUCGGUCACUAUUUGGGGCAUUGGAUGUUGCAGGUAAAAUACAUUGCACGCAUGUAUGCUUGAAUAGAGUUUCCAUUUUCGGAUCGAACUGAUUGCAUUAUUGCAAAACUCUAUUUUGAGUUGUGAUAGUAUGAGUGAUUAAAUGAGUCAAACCGAAAGCUUGACUCAAACCGAAAGCUAGCUUUCUGUAUUUAUGACUUCUAAUCUAAACAUUGGAGAGUUUUAAAGGCACCGAACAGCAAAACACAAGCCAAAUAUUGAUACACUGAUUAAAUGCACUGAGUUUUAUUGCUUGUCUAAUGUACCGUAAACUGUGUGCUCCCAAAAACAAAGGUCAAACGAAAACAAAAGAUAUAAACGAAAGUAAACAACGGUAGCACUGCUAAUGGUGAACUGAAGCCACGUGAUCAAAAUACCCUCGUUACCCAUGACCACUUUCUUUUUUUCCCCUAUUGCGCUCACAAAACGCAUCUGGAUGACUAACGCGUUAAAAAAAAACCCCGGCUGCUGCGGAGGAGAGUCAUCUUCAAGGUAACUUUCCAGACUCCGCCCUUCAUAGUCCCUCCUCGAAGCUCAUCCUAUGAGGAGAAAUGUUUAGCUAUAAACUGCAGCACGUGCAUUUAAAAAAAGCAACCACUUAGAUACAGAAACAGAAGUGGGAUACUGAAGAAGAUACAAGAGCUGGCUGAGAAAACAGGAUGGCAGAGAAAAAGAAAGAGAAAGUCAAGUGCGUGUGUCACGCGCGGUGGGGUCUGAAAGCGAUCUCUUUCCACUCGGACGUGAAGGGCCGCCUGAUAACGCUGAGUGACGGCGGGCGCCGGGUCUCCAGGGACGGGUCGUCCUUCUGCCACGGGCUGACGUUCAGCGGGCGCCCGGUGAACACCGAGGAGAAGCUGCGGCUGCGGGUCGAGCGCUGCGACGGGGGCUGGCACGGGGCGCUGCGGCUCGGCUUCGCUCACGUGUCGCCCGAGCAGACGACUUUACCCGCUCUGGCCAUACCGGACCUGACCGACUCCCCGCUGUACGCCGCCGUGGUCGUCCCCGAGCACAUCUGCCGCCCUGGCUCGGAGAUCGAGUUCAUGCUGAAGAAGGACGGCUGUCUGAGGAUAAGAAGCUCGGAUGGGAGGACGCACACGGAGCCGACCGGCCUGAACCCCGAGUGGCCCGUCUGGGCGAUGAUCGACGUCUACGGGCAGACCACGGCCGUCGAGAUGCUCGGUUCCAAAAUGAAGCGCUGGAUGUUCACCAGUCGGUCCUGUCCCGCUCUCACGCACGCUGAAGAUAAAGAAACGCAGGGGAGGAGAAGACAGCCGAGCAUGCUGCCGCAGAGAAACCUGAGAAAACGUCACCAUGACAACACGGAUGCUGAAGCCCCAGGCUGUGAGGAGUGCGUGGUGUGUUACAGCAGUGCGGCCAACUGCUGCCUGAGCUGCGGUCAUAAAUGUGUGUGUACUCCGUGCGCCAUGAGGGUUCACAUGAAGUUCGGGACCUGUCCCCUGUGCCGUCAUCCCUUGGGAUCCUUCCGUCCGUACGAGCACUAGCUCCAAGCGAAGAGGCCGUACAGUUUGUCGAAUGUAUUAUAUGAAUGUGAGGUGUAAUGUGCUGCUGUAAUGUACAAAGCCGUCACUGCACUGUACAGAGGUUGCUCCGCUUUGGAUAAAUUCGCAGAAUUUAAUUAAAUGAUUAUUUAUUUUUAUAUCGAAUCACAUUGAUUAUGUUUACGUGCAUAUUUAUAAGUAUACUGAUAUGUUGGAAAUUUAUAAUGUAAAUAUGUAUCUAUGUAUACACAUGUUUUUACUUGUUUUUUUAUUAAAUGCGUUUUGUGAAAACAUUUUUUCGACU